UCUGAGUUUAAGAUCUCAAACAAUAAUUUUCCAUCAACAACCUAAAGAAAUGUUACAAUGUCAAAAUCCAAGAAGAUAGAAGAUGAAAAGUUUCAAGCUCGAAAUUGGAAGCAACUUUCAAAAAAAGAACUUCAAAAAUUAACCCCAAUACAGAGAAGCAGAUAUCUAGCAUAUGAAGCUAGUUCAAAUCCUGGUGGUGUAAAGGCGAGCAGAGUAAGAUUACAAGAUGCAUAUAAAACAAAAAAAGCACUGGACGUUGAAAGUGAAAUUGCACAGGUCGAGAAUGAAGAACGAUUAAAGCAAGAAAAGAUACUCGGCCAGUUAAGGGCCUCUGAAGCGCGGAAUCGAGUGAAGUGUUUGCGAAUGCAAUAUAACAACGAAAGGGCUGUCGAAAUCAAUCGUCUUAUCUCAACUCAACCAACCGCUAUCAAAGCUGUUCGCCUUCAAAGUCUGCUUCCGCCCAUUCCAAACAAAAUCAAAUUUCGAGACGUCGUUAUUAAGGAACAGCGUAUGCGAAUCGAGGCUUUAAUGGAAGAUGAGCUGAACAUUGAAACUGGACGAAUUUUAUGUUAACUUUGAAUAGGUUGUAAAUAUAUAUUUUUUAUUGUAGAAACGUAAUGUAUAAAUUGCUCACCGUGGAAGUAUUUUCAAGCAAAAAGUUAAUUAUUAAUCAAUAGAUAAAAUAGAAGUGAA